AUGGCUUCCCCGCCAACCAUCGUUGACCCCCUUACGGGCCACACCCACACUAUUAUCCUGUUGCACGGCCGUGAUAGUGAAGCAGGGGAAUUUGCCACCGAGUUUUUCGAAUGCGAGGCCACAGGAACAGAGCAGACGCUGCCGAAUCUAUUCCCUACAGUCCGAUGGGUAUUCCCACAAGCCAAUUUGCUUCAUUCCGAGCGCUUCGGGAUCAAAAUGUCCCAAUGGUUCGAUAUGUGGAGUGUGGAGGAUCAACAGGAGCGCACCGAGCUGCAAGUCCCCGGUUUACGAUCGAGUGUCCGUCGAAUUGUUGAAUUGAUCAGACAGGAGGAGCUGCUUGUGCCAAGAAACAAAGUAUUUCUGGGUGGAAUCAGUCAAGGCUUUGCAACUGCUUUAGCCGCAUUCUUCGCCGAUGGCAAAGGAGGUUUCGCUGGUCUAUGCGGGUUUUCCAGUUGGCUACCGCUUGCCAAUCAAGCCUCAUCGGAGAUCCAGCUCGUCCACAAAGAAGCUGAUCAAAAGCUAGCUGCCAUGCAGCGAUUAUAUCUUGGUGACGAUACACAGCAGAUGUCCUUUUCAUCACAACAGUUGAAGUCGACGCCGAUCCUUCUCGAGCAUUGCCGUGACGAUGACAUUAUCAGUGUUCAAAGCGGUUUACUUCUGCGCGACUUCAUUGAGAAUCUAGGUCUCAGCGUAGUAGUGUUCUAUGAAUAUGAAAGCGGAGGUCACUGGUUCAAUGAGCCGCAGGGCGUGGACGACUUUGUGGUGUUCUUGCGAAGAGAUAUCAAGUCAGACCACACAGACCAAGGGGCCACCAAUCUACGUGACCACAGCAACUCGGAUCAAUGCGAAGAGUGA